UAGGUCAUUUCCAGCAACCAGCUGGUGCCAGUAGGUCAGACCAUUUUUUCUCAUACAGCUAAAUGCACAUUAUACUGGAAACACACGCACAGGGAACCUUCAGGCGCAUGCAAAGAAGACAGAGAGAAAAAUAAAAACAACGCCUGCUACUGGAUACAUUAGGGUAUGUGAUGUGCAUGAACGCAUGCAGCAAAUGAGUUCUUCGCUUAACUGGUGAAUCGUAUCCUUACUGCUGUGAACCAGUCAACUGACAGGGCAAAAAAUGUCACGAAGAGACCAGAGGUUUCGGAAAGGAAUGAAGGAAAGGUGUUGUGAAUGUGAAUGCAUCCUGUCCCACUGGUACUAUGAAAGAGAGGGACAGCUCUACUGUAAGAAGCAUUACUGGUCUCGUUUUGGAGAAAACUGCCAUGGCUGCAAGGAGACCAUCGCAACAGGACUUGUCAUGGUAGCAGGAGAUCAAAAGUACCACCCUGAAUGCUUCAUUUGCACAAACUGUGAAAUGGUCAUUGGAGAUGGAGACACCUACACGCUCAUCGAACGCUCCAAACUAUACUGUGGCCACUGUUUCUGUCAGGGUGCUGAACCAGCUGCGAGGUCAAUAUCUCCACUUACAAAGAGACCCCAUAUGGUAGCGCUGGUGUCCCUCCCUCCCCAUGCAGUCAGCAGACUAGGCCUGACCGUUGCCGCUGACUUCAACACAAGCCCUCUCGUCACUAUUACAGAGUUAGACUCAGCGGUCCUUGGCCCUGACCUCCUAUCUUCUGUCCAAGCUGGUGAUAAAGUACUGGAGAUUAACGGCAUCCCAGUCCAGAGCAUUUCUCCAGAUGAGAUAAACCAUGUGAUACAAGACACAAGCAGACCACUGCAGCUGACCAUCGAACACAGUCCACAUUCUCCUCAUGACCACCUUCAAUCAGACAGUCCUUCAGAUAACAUCAGCUGCCCUGAUUCCCGUAUCCGAGACAAAUUCACUUCAACCCCAAAGCUCCCGAGCUUGAGGGAAGAGCCAAGUCUACAGGAGGGGGCAGAUGAUGAAAGGAUGAGCCUCUCACCUCCUCAGCACCAAGGAACCACAGGGAUGCGAUCCAGACAUAUUUUGCGCAGCUGUAGCAUAGAAAAGUGUCCCCGCUCUCCUGGAUCAUUGUCACUUAUAUCUCAAAGGAGAGACAUGGUUCGUUCAGAGUCUCUCCGCGUAGAUCCUGGAGAAAGGACGCACCGCAUCUUCAGACCUUCUGACCUCAUUCAUGGUGAAGUACUGGGCAGGGGGUUCUUCGGACAAGCUGUCAAGGUAACACACCAGGAGACAGGAGAGGUGAUGGUGAUGAAAGAGCUGAUACGUUUUGAUGAAGAGACACAGAGGACAUUCUUAAAAGAAGUGAAGGUGAUGCGUUGUCUCGACCAUCCCAAUGUUCUCAAGUUCAUUGGAUUGUUCUAUAAGGACAAACGGAUACAUUUUGUAUCUGAAUACAUCAAGGGAGGAACUCUCCGGGAGGCUAUCAUCAAAAUGGAUGAGGAUUUUCUCUGGCGUGUAAGAGUUGGUUAUGCCAAAGACAUUGCAGCUGGAAUGGCAUAUUUACACUCCAUGAACGUUAUACACCGAGAUCUGAAUUCAUACAACUGUCUGAUCAGAGAGAACCAGUCUGUGGUGGUAGCAGAUUUUGGACUAGCCAGACUGGUGAUGGAAGACAGGAACCAGAAUAGAACAACUUCUCUGGAACGGCCUUCGAAGGGAACAUUGUCAGACCUGCGCAAACCUGACCGCAGGAAGCGGUACACUGUAGUAGGAAACCCAUACUGGAUGGCUCCUGAGAUGAUCCACGGGAAAAGCUAUGACGAACGUGUUGACAUUUUCUCCUUUGGGAUUAUGAUAUGUGAGAUUAUUGGCAGAGUGAGUGCUGAUCCUGACUACCUGCCACGGACAAAUGAGUUUGGACUAAAUAUAGCAGGUUUCCUGCAGCAGUAUCACCCUCCCCUGUGUCCCUCUGCCUUCCUGCCACUGGCUGCCCUCUGCUGUGACAUGGAUGCUGAUAAACGUCCGUCAUUUUCAAAGCUGGAGGAGUGGCUGGAAAAUCUGAUGAUGCACCUGGACAUCAAUCUCCCUGUGCUCUCCGAGUUAGAGCAGGUUUGUAGAGCCUUCUGGAAGAAUCACAACUAUGAAAACCACACUCACAAUCUGGACAUGAGUCUUGUCUCUUGUGAACAUAAUUGUUCACUGCCAGAAGGACAGAGCUCUAGCCCUGAACAAUGUUCAGACAAUGCAAGCAACCUCACAAAACCUGAUGACUUUACUCACAGCCAAGGCCAAAAGAGCUCAUCUGACAGUCAUUUGAAUGGGGAGCAAAACACACACAGCAGCGACAACAAUGAAAAGACUGGAUCAAAAGAAAAAAGCCCAUCAUGUUGCAGGUCUGCAAGCACAGACUCAUGCUUAAAUCAAAGUGAAUCUUAUGAGGACAGUAAUUUCACAAGUCAAGCAAAACCCCAACUUGAGUCCUCGCAACCACUGCAUGGGAGGAACUCGCUAGGUCGGUCAAACAGGCCAAGAAGGAUAUGUAGGGUGCUGUGGGACAGAUCUACAGAGGACAACUCUUUUCUCUAAGUGUUAACUGAAAAGGGUCAUAUUUAGAGAACUGAGCCGAGUGUUGCAGAGUACAUACAUCCUUUGAAGACCUUUGUGCCUUGUCCAGCAACUGGAAGACAACUUAUUUAUGAACUUUAUUGGGGUGAAUGUGCUUUGAAACCCUCAGAGGCACAAACUGAAUGAGUGUGGAUUCAUAAAGGAGGUUUUGUGGUUUUUGCUUGAUAUCAGUUGCCUUGCACAUCAUGUUGGACUCAUAAUGCUCCAUGAGCCAGCAUUUAAGUAGCUACAGCCAGAGUCCAAUAGGGAUUUAGCUGAUCUCUUGGGGAUUUCUCAUUUUAUUUACUUUCUUUACUUUGUCCGUUAUUUAUCUAUGUAACAUCAGCAGCAACUGGAAUAUUCUAUUUUUUUUUUUUUUUUUUUUUAAUCAGUAAAAAUGCCCUAAAUCUUCCAAACUGUAUGGACACUCUCUGGUGGACAGACUAUUAUGAAGACAUGGUUAAUAAAUAAUUUGAAUUAUAUCGUUUUUCUUUUGGGCCAACACAAAGAUAUUACAUCUGUCAUAAUGUAAAACUGCUUGACAGAUUCAUCAACUGGGCUCUAGUUUUAACUUUGACUAGAAGCUGUGAAACACAUGCCACUUUAACUCAUAAGCUAUACUGUAAUAUUUAUAGGAGUGCCUUUGUUGACUAAUGACAAUCCCCAUCCAACACACUGAAAUGUGAAGUUUACUCAACUGUAGGUAAUACAA